CACGCUUCCGACCGCAUCCUUGGUUUGCAAGAGCAACGACAGGUUUUAGGCGGGGCGACCUGAGAUAUACGCACAGCUUCAUGGCCAAGGCGAGAGCGCCGACCAGCUCGGCGGGCCGGGUUCUCGCGGUGAUGGCGGUGGUACUAUGCAUGAUGCUGAGGAGUGUGGAGGCGGCGACGUACAUAGUGGGAGAUGCCACGGGCUGGAGCAAUGCGGUGAACGGGGCCUCCUUCUACUCUACCUGGGCGAGCAGCAAGACCUUCCAGGUCGAUGACGUUUUAGUCUUCAACUUCAUCUCUGGCAAGCACGACGUCUCCGUCGUCUCGAAGUCGGACUUCACAAGCUGCAACACUAGUUCUGCAAUCACUUUCCACACUACUCCGCCGGUGAACUUCACCCUCACCACCACCGGGGCCCUCUACUUCACAUGCACCCACGACUCUCAUUGUUCACAGGGCCAAAAGCUGUCUGUCAUGGUCGGCACGGCUUCCGGCCCUCCCGGCACCAGUACUCCGUCCAAUUCCGGCACGGAUUUUGUGUAUGCCUCAUGCCGUUUCAUGUUCACUUCUAUGGCCAUUUAUUUUAUUACGAUGUGGUAG